UGGACACCUAAAUUACUUUAUUUUCUGGGAGUUGGGUCUCUUUCUCCUCCCAGCUCUGGAUGAGGAGAAGGAGCUGAAGGAUGCUGAGCAGGAGAAGAAGCACCUGAGCCUGCAGCACGGCACUGAGUGUCCCCCAGCCCUGCAGCAUGGCCAGGUAAAAUCAGACUAUGACCACCUUCGAGAAACCCUCCUCAGAGUGACCCAGGAACGAGAUUUGGCUGUGAGGGGAAAACACCAGCUCCAAGCCAAGCUGGAGAACUUAGAGCAGGUCCUAAAGCACAUGCGAGAGGCUGCGGAGCGGCGGCAGCAGCUGGAGCUGGAGCAUGAGCAAGCCUUGGCUGUCCUCAACGCCAAACAGCAGGAGAUCGAGCUGCUGCAGAAGGCUCAGGUUGAAGCUAAGAAGGAACAUGAAGGAGCAGUUCAGUUGCUAGAGGCCAAGGUGCGGGAGCUGGAGGAGAAAUGCCGCACGCAGGGCGAGCAGUUUAACCUGCUGGCGCGGGAGCUGGAGCGGUUCCGGCAGCAGGCGGGCAAGAUCGAGCUGCUGAGCGCCCCCCUGGCCCCCCCAGAGCUGGCUGCCCCUCCUGCCAAAGCCCUGGGCCAGCUGAUGAACGGGAUUGCCACCUCCAUAGGCAAAGGUCAUGAAAGCCCUGCUGGAAGUCGCUGUGUGAUUUCAGAGUUCAUCCGGCCCCUGCAGAUCUCUGGAGACAAACCAGAGCAGCUCUCUGUCAAACCCACCUUCCUGUCCAAGGCCACAUCUGGGACCCCAAGAUGCAGAUUUGAUUCAGACAUGGAUAAUGAUCAGAAUUCCAAUACCUCAAAGCAGAGAUAUUCUGGGAAAGUCCAUCUUUGCAUUGCCCGUUACAGCUACAACCCCUUCGAUGGACCCAACGAGAACCCGGAGGCUGAGCUCCCUCUGACGGCAGGAAAAUACCUGUACGUGUACGGGGACAUGGACGAGGAUGGCUUCUACGAAGGAGAGCUGCUGGACGGCCAGAGGGGCCUGGUCCCGUCCAACUUCGUGGACCUGGUUGAGGACAGCGAUGCGGCGGGCAGGGAGCAGGAGCAGGAGCAGGGCGGGCCGGCGCUGCAGGGGGACGCGCUGGCCGCCAGCCCCCCGGGCCCCGCGCUCAGCAACGGCGCGGGCGCGCUCGACAUCAACAUCGACGAGAUCGGAGAAGACAUCGUGCCUUACCCCCGCAGAAUCACCCUCAUCAAGCAACUCGCCAAAAGUGUCAUCGUGGGCUGGGAGCCGCCCCUGGUGCCGCCGGGCUGGGGCACCGUCAGCAGCUACAACGUGCUGGUGGACAGGGAGAUCCGGCUGAACGUGGCGCUGGGCGGCCGCACCAAGGCGCUGAUCGAGAAGCUCAACAUCUCGGCGUGCACCUACCGCAUCUCGGUGCAGAGCAUCACCAGCAGGGGCAGCUCCGACGAGCUGCAGUGCACCUUGCUGGUGGGCAAGGACGUCAUCGUGGCGCCCUCCCAGCUCCGCGUGGACAACAUCACCCAGAUCUCUGCCGAGCUCUCCUGGCUCCCCACCAACAGCAACUACAGCCACGUCAUCUUCCUCAACGAGGAGGAGUUCGACAUCGUCAAGGCUGCUAGCUACAAGUACCACUUUUUUAAUUUGAAGCCCAACAUGGCCUACAAGGUGAAGGUCAUGGCAAAGCCCCACCAGAUGCCCUGGCAGCUUCCCUUGGAGCAACGGGAAAAAAAGGAAGCCUUUGUGGAGUUUUCUACGUUGCCAGCAGGUCCUCCAGCUCCACCCCAGGACGUCGCUGUCCGGGCAGGCUCCACGCCAGGGACCCUCCAGGUGUGCUGGAAGCCCCCAGCCCUGUCGGCCACGGGGACAUCCCACGGUGCCAGCGUCACAGGCUACGGGGUGUAUGCCAAAGGGCAGCGGGUGGCAGAGGUGAUGCUCCCAGCAGCCGAGGGCUCGCCGCUGGAGCUGCUGAGGCUGCGCAGCCUGGACGCCAGGGAGGUGACGGUGCGGACGCUCUCUGCACAGGGGGAGUCCCUGGACUCUGCUGCUGCUGCCAUUCCACCUGACCUCCUGGUGCCUCCAACCCCUCACCCCAGAACUCCCAAAUCUAAGCCAUUAGCAAGUGCCGGAGCCCCAGAAACCAAAGAAGACCAUUUCGGCCCCCACGUGAGGAGGGACGAGUGGGAGCAGACUCGCUCGGGGUCCCCCGCCCACGGACACAUGCUGGAGCCCCCCAGCCUCCACGGGCCCCUCCAGGGCAGGAGAUCCCCGUCCCCCAACAGGAUCCUGCCCCAGCCUCAAGGCACCCCCGUCCCCAACACCGUCGCGAAAGCCAUGGCGAGAGAAGCUGCACAGAGAGUGGCAGAGAGCAGCAGGCUGGACAGGAGGAGCGUGUUCAGCGACAGGAGCACGGCCCCCUACUCUGACGAGGAGGAGGAUGGCUACGACUCCCCCAAGGUGAAGAGAAGGGGAGCCUCGGUGGAUGAUUUCCUGAAGGAGUCAGAGCUCGGGAAGCAGGCUCACUACUGCCCCGGGGAUGAGUACCACACGGAGAGCAGCCGUGGCUCAGACCUGUCAGACAUCCUGGAGGAGGAUGAGGAGGAGCUGUACUCGGAGAUGCAGCUGGAGGAGGGCGGCCGGCGGCGCCUGAGCCUCACCUCGCACGGCGCGCUCAAGCUCUUGGGGAAGCCAGCCUCGGCAGGACGGCCGGACAGGGCCAGGUCGGGCCAGGGCAGCGCGGGGGCACCGAGGGCUCGGGCGCUGCUGCUCCCUCCCAUGGAUGGCUACGGUGGCCAUGACCAUCUUUCUCCAGAUAUUUAUGAAGAAUCUGAAACAGAUCCUGGCACAGAAGACCUUUCUACUCGAAUAUUUGUUGCACUUUUUGACUACGACCCCCUGACCAUGUCCCCAAACCCCGAUGCUGCAGAGGAGGAGCUGCCCUUCAAGGAGGGACAGAUCAUCAAGGUUUAUGGGGACAAGGAUGCUGAUGGAUUUUACCGUGGAGAGACCUGCACAAGAAUUGGCCUUAUCCCCUGCAACAUGGUCUCUGAGAUCCAGGCAGAUGAUGAGGAGAUGAUGGAUCAGCUCCUCAAGCAAGGCUUCCUUCCCUUGAACACUCCCAUUGAGAAAAUCGCAGAGCGGGGUCGCCGCGGGGGCCGCCAGCAGCAGCAGCAGCAGCAGCAGCAGCAGCAGCCCGUGGCCACCAGGAGGAUGGUGGCUCUCUACGACUACGACCCCAGGGAGAGCUCCCCCAACGUGGAUGUGGAGGCCGAGCUGACCUUCUGCACCGGGGACAUCAUCACUGUCUUUGGUGAGAUCGAUGAAGAUGGAUUUUACUAUGGGGAGCUCAAUGGACACAAGGGGCUGGUUCCUUCCAACUUCCUAGAAGAAGUGCCUGAUGAUGUGGAAGUCUUUCUCUCCGACGCUCCCUCGCGCUACGCCCACGACACCCCCAUGAGAUCCAAGGCAAAAAGGGUUCCUCCCGAGAAUACAGGUACAGCCCGGAGAGCAGCAUCCCCCCCAGCUCAUCUCCACCCCGGGUCACCUCCGUCUCCCGUCCUGGGCUCUGGGAGCCCCGGGAGGGGCAGGGAUUUGUCCUCGAAAAAGAAAAAGGGGCUGCUUUCCAAAGGCAAGAAACUGCUGAAAAAGCUUGGUGCAGUGAAAUGAGUCAUGUGCUCCUGGACAACUUGUAAAGCUUCCAGUCUGUGUACUCUUUUUUUUUUUUUUUAAAACUCAAAACUAGGGCUUUCAUGACUAUGCAGUGCAUUUUUGACUCUGACAUCAAUAGAAUCAUGUGAAUUGCUUAAUCGAAACAGCAAGGGAAAAAAUAGAAAGGAAGUUGAUUUGUAGUUGCAAAAACAUUUUUAAAAAGUAAAAAAAAAAAAAAAAUGUUGUGGGAUUAAGACCAGAAGAACAUGGUUUUAUUUGAAGUCAACUCAACACCUGCAACUCCAUUGGAAAAAUCUCAGCCUUUAGUCUCCUUUAACCAUGAGUGGGGGAGAAAACUCUCUUCCCUGAUUGCUGGUUCAGAGAGAUCACCCCAAUCAUUAUCAUUAACAAAAAUGGUCUUGAAACUCCUAGUUGAAUCAGCCUUGAUGUUUUGCCUUAUUAAUGCACAAUGAUUUGUACUGUCCAAUAAAUAUGCAGUGUAUAUUUGUACGUACUGUGUGUCCAGCUGUCUCCAUCCCGUGUGACCAGACGAGAGCUGUCCCCGCCGUGUCUGGCUGUUCCUGGGGGUGCCAGAGCUGUGCUAACAAACCACCCUGCUGGUUUGUCAGCCACUCCCUGGCCUCGGGCAGCGCAGGGCUCACCCAGCUCCGGCUCUAACCCCCCCAGUCCCCGCUGUCUGUGAGCUCAGUGCUGGUUACAGCAUUUCCCUGCUGCCAGCUCGGGCUGGAGCACAGGGAAGGACAAAGGGUGUUCCAGCACAGCUCCAGCAAGUCCAACUGCAAUAUUGGCAUUUCACAAAAACAGCCCCACACACCGAUGGCAGUCAUUGGCUGUUACUAUUUUGUAAUUCUUGUCCAUUUGUAAAUUGUUUUUACUGUUUAUACAUACUUUUCAGACUGCCUUUCUUUUUGUAAUUUAUGGAAGGUUUAUAAAUGAAUGAUCAAAGCUUCCCCAUUGUGUCUUCAGAUAACAAUGUAAAUUACUGUAAAAUACUGUGUGCUAGAUUCUAACAUUUAAUUAAAGAAAAUAACUGGCCUACAGUUGUGGUAAAGUACUGUGUGGGUGUGUGCAUGUGUACAAUUGUUGUGUAUUAUAUUUUAU